UCCAAAGGCUGAUACCGGUGCCUGAGAGGUGAGAGGAAGCGGCGGUCUGAGGGAGAAGCCGCUUCACAAACCAUCCCGGGACCGGGGGCCAGAACCGAGCAACGGGAGGAGAAGACGCUGCCCACAGGGGCCACAGGACUGCUCACUGCGGGCGCAGAGCCGGACACAGGGCUUUACUAUCAGUAUACAUGAUAUCGGGGUGCAGGACUGGUUAGUGGGUGAUAUUAUCGGGGUGCAGGACUGGUUAGUGGGUGAUAUUAUCGGGGUGCAGGACUGGUUAGUGGGUGAUAUUAUCGGGGUGCAGGACUUGUUAGUGGGUGAUAUUAUCGGGGUGCAGGACUGGUUAGUGGGUGAUAUUAUCGGGGUGCAGGACUGGUUAGUGGGUGAUAUUAUCGGGGUGCAGGACUGGUUAGUGGGUGAUAUUAUCGGGGUGCAGGACUUGUUAGUGGGUGAUAUUAUCGGGGUGCAGGACUGGUUAGUGGGUGAUAUUAUUGGGGUGACCCAGAGACUCAGUCAGUGUUUAGGUGUUCUCCUGGGUUUUGGGGUAUAGACAGUUUUGGGGUGCUGGGGUGAGGAGUGGGCAUAUAGCAUUGGGCUGCAGGAUUGGUCCAAUUAAUAUUAGGGUGCAGCAAUAUAGAGGGAGGUGGUUGUGAGUUGGGGCAGUUCUGGGGUGCGGAGUUGCAGAGGAUGAUACAAUAUCAGGGGGCGUCUCUGUGAGCACCCUGUUGCAUUCGGGUGCACUGUUAGAUUUGGGGGUAGUUGGUGUAUUAGGGUGCAGGCUAUAUAAGACUUGGGGUGCCAAACACAUUGCAUUAUUUAGAGUGCAGGACUGCGUGUGUUUGCAGGGGGUCAUGUAGGUUGGGGUGACUUCCCAGGAUGUGCAGAGAGUGCUAGGAGAUAUAGAGACAGCAGAGGAAAACAGACUGCAAAGAUCUAAGAGACAGCCCAGAGCACCAGAAUAGACAUCAGCUGUCAGAGGACAGAGAGAGCGCAGGGAGGGACAGGAGGUGAGCGGCGGAGCGCAGAGGAGUAGACAGGACAGCUGGAGGCAGGAGGACUGUAAAACCAAGGACUCUUCAAGAAGAAGCCAGGACUCACACAGACCGAAGGGUUAAUCAGUGGCUGAGUUGCGACUCCCGUGAUAUAACAAAUUUAUUGCAAGCGUGGCAAUUAGACAGUCCAGAAAGUGUGUGAGACUUCAAUUCAGAUGUCAGGGGUUGUAGUCCAGUAAUCCUUGACAGCUUCCGAGACACUCAAAGGGCUCAGCGGUCCAAACCCCUCCAGCGCGACACUGACUCCCACCGGUCACAUCAUGUCCAGGAAGAAGAGUCAGAAGAGUAAAGGGAGCAGCUCUCCGGCGUCCUCCAGCAUCCCACCCAGCAAGGAGAACGGCAAGGUGGGCACCGAGAGCCAGAGCAAUGGCAUGGUCAUGUCCGGGCGCCCCUCCCUCAGCAACAGCGGAGAGUUCUACGACAUUGCCUUUAAGGUGAUGCUGGUGGGAGACUCCGGAGUGGGAAAGACGUGCCUGCUGGUCAGAUUUAAGGAUGGAGCCUUCCUGGCUGGCAGCUUCAUCUCCACCGUUGGCAUUGACUUUCGGAACAAAGUGUUGAAUGUGGAUGGUGUUAAAGUCAAGCUGCAGAUCUGGGACACUGCCGGGCAGGAGAGAUUUCGAAGUGUUACCCAUGCUUAUUACAGAGAUGCCCACGCUCUGCUCCUGCUGUAUGAUAUCACCAGUAAGACGUCAUUCGACAAUAUCCAGGCAUGGCUGACGGAAAUACACGAAUAUGCGCAAAAAGACGUGGUCAUCAUGCUUCUCGGAAACAAGGUGGACUCGACUCAUGAACGCGUGGUCAAGAUCGAAGAUGGCGAGCGGCUGGCAAAGGAAUAUGGGGUGCCAUUUAUGGAGACCAGCUCCAAGAACGGACUGAACGUGGAGUUAGCAUUUACAGCUAUUGCAAAGGAACUAAAGCACAGGUCGAUGAAGCUUCCCAACGAGCCGAGAUUUAAACUCCACGACUACGUCAAGAAGGAAGUAAAGGGUUCGGGUUGCUGUAAAUCCUGAUUUCUCCACCAAUUGGGAGGGGUCACCAUCCUCCUACUGGUUGUCUGUACAAAGACUGAGAACAUUCAGCGUCUCCAUCGGGGGUGCUCAGGAGCUCCCGCAGCGCUGCCCCCCAUCACUGUGGAGCAGCAUUCUCUGUCUGUGCAUGUCUGUGUUUUAUCUGUGAGGGUGGCGAAACCAAUGUGUUAUAUAAAAAAAAAAAAGACACCUAAAUCUGAAGAUCUGCACCCUCCUGUAGGGGAGCCCCACCUUUAGGCAUGCAUCGGUGUAUUUAUGACAUGUAUGUGAGGCGCUCCCGAUGAAUGUAACCCAUGGGGGCCGCUUCUCACUGUGCACUGACUUGCUAUUCAGGGAUCAGUUGCUCACAAUUCUCUUGGAGACAUCAGCUCUAAGCACAUCUCUGUUCACUGUAGGUUUAGCUGUCCUUUUGAUCUGUAAAUUUGCAGCUUUUAUGUUUGGGGGGGGGGGGGGGGGGGGGCAGAGCUUGAAGCAUUUUAUAUUUUCAGAGGCCCCCCCACCAUGCUUCAGUGAUGUACCUGCGGCCCAUAGGCACAGCAGCCAUGUCUAGUCAGCACCUGCAUGAGUAUCAUUACCAAUUUGGCAAAGGGCUGGGGUACAUCAGUUAUUUAGCAUCAAACCCUCACUGCGGUCAGUGACUUGCAAUGGCUGCCAGGGCACC